AUUUCUAUAGUUCUUGACUUGAGAAAUGUGAUUCUAAUUUGUAUGGUCUCGCUAACCACGAUGAUGAGUUGGUGAUACUUCUGCUUGAGCGCGAAGCGGGUGAAGAGUGAUGAUUGAGUUCAUGGGCUCUUCACUUUUGAUGACCGUUCACUGUUUCCUUGGAAACAGCGAGGGCGGAAGUAUGAUCAGAGUGGUUGUGCUGAUGGUUAAAUGGGAUGAACAAGUAAUUCUAACAAAAUGUCGCUUUCAAAGUGCGGUCCGCGACGAAACGGUGGAAAACUGGCUUAAAACCGGGUCACUUGAAAGAAAAGCUGCAGGUACCGGUGUAAAGAAAAGAACUCGUUGUUGAUGUGUCGUUCAGUCGCGAUUUGAUUCCUUUGAACAGUUAGCGGUAGGAAUCGCUCCAGUUAGUCGGAACUGUUCUUGGUAAUGAACGGUGCUCUGCUUUCAGGUCAACAGCUAUUUUCAUUCAAUUAAAAAUGAUUCAAUUAAUUAAAUACAAUUAAAAAGUGCAAUCGAUAGAAAUUUGGUAAUUAUUUUUGCAUUUAAUGGCGCAGAAAAGGAUUUUUUUUUGUCUCUGUUUAAGCAACUCAGGUCUAUUUUUCUUUAAUUAUGCUUCUAAAACACAAAUGGUAACACUUAGUACAGAACACCUUCUGUUUUCAUCUCCAUGUGUUUGACGUCAUUGGAAAGCUAGGACACUGUCAGGAUCUGUCAAUAACCAAACAGCACCACUCUUCUCAUUGGGAUGAACAAAGAAAACAAUAUGUGAGUUAAGAGAUUAAUGCAUCAUAUAUUAAGUUGUGUUGUGAUUACAGUCUUAAGCUUUCUGUCGUAGCCCAGAGUUUUCUCAAAACGCCAAGCAGAUAGCUGGGUUACAUUCAGCUGGAGAAACACUCAAGGUUUGAAAAAGCCAAAGGAAAAAAAGAAAGAAAGUGAUUGACGUAGGAAGCUGGAGGGAGGAUCCAUCCGUCAGGCAGCUCAAGCUUAAUGUUGCCGUGGCGUUGAUGGUCAAAAGUCCUUAUUUUAAAGGAAAGAAGUGACUGGAUCAGGUUUAUUUACAGGGAAUUACAUUUGCCUUUUCCUUAUUGUUCACUGAGAACAUCGUUUCAAAACAUGAAACCCAGAGGAUGUUUAACCUCAUAGAUGGAAAUUUGUUCUCAAAUAAUUUGGAGGACUUCGACUCCAUCCGCAGCGUUCUUCUUUACAGUGACCUGGAGCCAGAAUGGCUGGAUGACAUCCAGAAGAACGGGGAACUGUUCUACCUGGAGCUAAGCGAGGGCGAGGAGGAGGCCGCGUUGGCGCGGGUCGCCGCGAGCCAGUGCUUAUCCACUAACCACGUCCGCUUCAGUGAAAAGGAGGCAGAGGUCAUCACGGAGCAGGCCAGCACGCAGCGGCGCGGCUCGCGGAGGAAAGGCGAGCCCGCUCUCAAAAAGCUAGCCAGGAUUCUGGGGAGGAAACGCCGUCCGUCUCAGCGCAAAGGAGGCAAAGACGGCAGCAGAGGCAAAGCGACUUCCUCGCCUCCAGCUUCCAUCCUGAAGACGCAGCCGGGGCAGCAGCAGGGCGUGACCGUUCAGCGGCGGCGGCUGAAGGAAGUGUGUGUCUACCUGAACCCCAAGCGGUUGGCGAGUUCGCCGACGCCUCUGUGUGAAAGAGGAGGACUGCUGGAAGCUCUGCUGGGCCUGGUGCAUCGUCCUGCCUGGACUGGAGGUCAGAAAGACAGAGGAGCCGUCCUACAGGACGGCAGACUGACCGUUCACGGAUUAAUACCAAACAGUCCAGCUAUAAAAUGUGGUCAAAUUCUGAUCGGUGACGUCCUCCUGGCAGUGGACGAUGUUGACGUGAGCUAUGAGAACAUCGAGAGGGUUCUGUCCUGCAUCCCAGGACCGACGCAGGUGACGCUGACGUUGGAGACGGCGGCUCCAGCAGACAGCGCUGCUCCCAGUGACUCCUCUCCAGUCCAGAAGACGAAGGCCUCUCCACCAGUCAGCCAACUGGUGCGCUUGUUGUGGGGGGAGGACACGGCGGAGCUCCAGAUGGCCAUCGGACACAUCCCGCACAUCGUCAUGUACCUGUCGCUCAAACUGGACUCUACAUCUCUGCAGGAAGAGGAAGAAAUCCUGUACCAGUACCCAGUGUCUGAAGCAUCCAGCCAGCUGAAAGGAGUGAGAGGCAUCUUCCUUACUCUGUGUGACAUGCUGGAGAACGUCACAGGAGGCCACAUCAUCAGUUCGUCUCUGUUGCUCGGGAAACAUCUGGUUCACGUUGGCUACUGGAAGGAGCACAAUAACCUGCUGGUCGUCGGUCUUCCUGCUGAGAGGGUCCCCCUGCUGUCCCUGCAGACGGUGGUUGGCGACGUGGUGCGGACGCUGAAGGUGAUGUACGGCUCUUUGAACAGCGCGUUCUGCAAGGCGGACCACGCCCUCAGGUUGGACCAUUUCUUCUGCUUGUUCUUCCAGCAGCUCAUCCAGCCGUGGCGCCUGAGGAAAGGCUCCCCGCCGCCGCCCGACGUUUCUGGGAGCCUUUUUCUGGACGGACUGCCGGCGGUCCGAUGGCUCACUUUGCCUCCUGAAAUUAAGAUGGAGGUGGAUACAGUUCUCUCUGAUUUCGAGUCCUCUGACUUUGGAGAAAUGUCAGAGGACUUCUUUGGCCUGAGGCGUCUCUAUGUUAUACUCGGCUCCUGUUUGUUCUACAAGUCCUACCUGAUUGCCAACCAUCUCCCGAAGGAGAACCUGCUGGACGUGUGUCUGUACUGCCAGCACUUCUGCCUGCUGCCGCUGGCGUCGGAGCAGCGUGUCGGUCAGCUGGUCAUCUGGAGAGAAGUGUUCCCGCAGCAGAGAGCCAGCGGAGAGACGGCGCCGGGCUUCAGCCAGCCUCAGGGACGACACUUCCUCCUCAUAGUGGGGCUGAGGCACUUCAUGCAGUGCGUCCUGUUGGAGGCGGGCGGGUGUGCGUCUCCGGCCCUGGGUUCUCCAGGACCCGAUUGUGUUUAUGUGGAUCAGGUGAAAGCCACCCUCCUGCAGCUGAACGCGUUGGAGGCGGCCAUGGAGGAGCGGCUGAACGUCCCGUCCGCUCCCUGCCUCUCCUGCGCCGACUGGUUCCUGCCUGCCGCCACGACCCGGGACCGCCUCGACAGCCUGGCGUCCUCGUCCCCCGUCCUCAGCAAGCUGGCCGGGGCCAUUCGGGGGUCUCCGUCCGGGCACAGAGGGCGCAGCCUGUUCGGCGAGAAGUCCCGCAAGUCCAGCCCACAGAGGAGCUUGUCGGACAGCGGGAGCGAGGGUCCGAUGGACGCCGGGUCCGGUUCGUCAGCAGCUCCGGGUCUCAGCCCUCACUCCACCCCGGACUCAGGGAGAUGGAUCGGUGGCAGGCGGGACUCUCUGGGAUCUGAUGGGAGCGGAGGCAGUGCAGGCCUCUUCAAGAUGCCCAGGAUGAAGCAUCCAAACCCUUUCUACCUGGGGACCCUGAAGAAAACCCUGACUGCCAGGGAGACGGAGGAAACGUACAACACCAUAAAACUGACUUCGGGUACGGAGAACACCUUGUUUCACUACGUCCUGAUGGAGACGGUGCAGGGGAUCUUCAUCGCUCCCACUCACAGAGAAGUGGCUCAGCUCAGCGGCUCCAUCCACCCGCAGCUCAUACGCAACUUCCACCACUGCUGCCUCUCCAUACGCGCCGCCUUCCAGCAGAGUCUGCCGGCCAGGGGUUGCCGUGCAGCAGAUCGUUCUCAGAGGUCCGGCUGGGGUCUGGGCCCGGUUAAAGAACACGGGGUUCUGUUUCAGUGCAAGCCGGAGAACUGGACCGACCAGAGGAAACCCGCCCCCACCAUGACUUACUGGGUAAUAGGGAGGAUGCUGCUGGAGCCGGUUCCUCAAGAGUUCUACGUCUGCUUCCACGACUCGGUGCCGGAGGUUCCCGUGGAGAUGGCCUUCAGACUGUCCUUCGGUUUGGGUUUAUGAUGCGUCGACGACAUGAAGACUUCCUGCACAAUCUCAAGAAAAACCAAACAGCUGCUCUUUUUCUGUGCUGUAGAGUUUGUUUUUCUUUCUUUCCG